AAAUUUUUAUUUUCUGGUGGUACGCAAGCAAGCAGCAAGUGAAAAAAAGAUUAGCCCCAAGUUGGUGCCCAAUUUUCCCCCGGAUAUGUGGUAAAUUCGAGGCCAAUUGUGGCGUCAAAGUGGACGGCAAUCUCCGCACAAACCCGUAAUCGUGGCGAUUGUCAGUGAUAAUCUCAGUUUCGAGCGCUAUUUCCUCCAGAAAAUGCAGCAAGUUGACGACCCCCCGUAUUUAACUGUUGGCACGGAGGUUAGCGCCAAAUAUAAGGGGGCAUUUUGCGAGGCCAAAGUCCGCAAGGUGGUGCGCAACAUCAAGUGCCGGGUCGCGUACAAACAGCCCGGCUUCGGCUCGGCCAUCGUGUCCGAUGACCAGAUCAAGGGGGCACUCCGGGUCGGGGCCACCGUCGAGGUAAAACACCCGGAGAAGAAGGAGUAUGUGGAAGCGACUCUAACCAAGAUCCAGGACUGUUCCCAGUACACGGUGGUGUUCGACGAUGGGGACAUUACGACGUUGCGGCGCAGCGCUCUGUGCCUGAAGAGCGGCCGGCACUUUAACGAGAGCGAAACGCUGGAUCAGUUGCCGCUCACCCAUCCUGAGCACUUCAGUAAUCCGGUUAUCGGUGGGCGGCGAGGCAGAAGAUCUAGACAUCUGCUUCCGGAUGACAGUUCAGAUGAUGAUGAGGAACCAGCUUCCACUUCCCGUUCUAAUGUGGACGAUAAAGAGGAGCACAUCGGCAAGGUGGUUGUUGUGGAGUCAACUGAUAACAAGAAGAAAAAUCCUAAGGAAAAUUGGUUCCCUGGCUUAGUGGUUGCUCCAACGGCUCAGGACCAGGUACGCAUUAGAGUCAAGGAUGAAUAUUUGGUGCGUUCGUUUAAGGAUGGACGUUAUUAUACGGUUCCCAAGAAGGAAGCCUCAGAUUUCACAAGGGACUGUACGAACAAAUCGGAGGCGGCUGCCGUUUCUGCAGCUCUCGACUAUUUGGACAAUGAUACAAUGCCACCGCAUUGGGAUCGAGAAGCGCUCUUCGGAACUACUGGCAGUUGCUCGGAUUCGGAACAGGAACUUGAAACAGAUAGCUCAGAUGAUGAGCCAACAGAAGAAAAAGAUCAUUUCGUAGCACAGCUUUAUAAGUUCAUGGAUGAUCGCGGAACUCCACUAAAUAAGGUUCCGUCAAUCAUUAAUCGUGAUGUUAAUUUGUACAGAUUGUUCCGAGCAGUACAGAAGUUGAAUGGCUACAAUCGUGUCACAAGCCAAAACCAAUGGAAGCAAAUCGCGUUGAGAUUAGGAUUUUCACCGGCCACAGCAAGCAUAACCAAUCUGGUUAAACAAGCUUACAAAAAGUUUUUGUUCUCUUUCGAAGAAUUCAACCGAAAGCUGGGAUGUACUAUGGUUCCUCACCCUAGAGCCAAUCGAUCCAAGGGUCGCAGUUUGGUUCGGGCUGGGUCGGUCCAAUCCCCGAAAACAACGGAAAAGGAAAAGCCUUCCGCCUCAAAAUCGACACCCGUAUCAACAGUUGUAACUGCGUCGACAGCCGCAACUGCGGCCUCCGAGGCUGCCUCUAGCUCGGCCGUAGACGAAUCGGGAAAUACCAGUGAAUCUAGCACGGCCGAAGUAAAACCAACCAACAACAAACGAAAACUGUCUGGUGCCAGUAAUUCCGGUGGAAAAGUCAAGGCUUUAGUUGACAAGUUCGAAGAGAAAGAAAGGGAGAAGGAAAAAGAAAAAGAAAAAGAAAGGGAAAAGGAGCGCGAGAAGGAAAAAGAGAAGGAGAAGGAGAAAGCUAAGGAAUCGAAAAAGGAGGAAUCGGUUAAGAAAGAGAAAAACUCUCCAAAGCCAGUUGUCUCAACGCCUAAAAUUCCGGAAAGUGACAAACGAGGAAGUCGUAAGCGCAAGGAAACUGAUUCGACCGAUUCCAAGAAAGAUGAUAAGGAUAGUGGCAAAGCUUCGUCCAGCGGAGCGUCUUCAACUUCGUCGAGUACGGAGAGCGUUAAAGGUGGUGGCAACAAUCCGUCGAUUUCAGUUGAAGCUAAAGUGGCUUCUGGUAGUCAAGAUUUCCCAAUUGAAGUGGGUGAUAAACUAAAGGUUUAUUAUGACGAGCAGAAGGUUACCUACGAAGCGAAAGUGAUCGAAAUUGCUAAUCAGGAAGGAAGUCCGAUUUAUCUGGUUCACUACACCGGGUGGAACACUAGAUACGAUGAAUGGGUUCGCAAGGAACGAGUUGCUGAAAAUCUUACUAACAGCAAAACCAAGAAAGGAAAGUCCGACAAAAGCAGUGGCAAUAAAAUUACCAACCCUCCGCAGGGAGAUAAACCAAGCAAUGCCCCAGGAACGCCCUCAAAUCCCAACCCAACAACAGCUUCGUCAUCGACAGCUAGUACCCCCCAAACCCCAAAGGCUUCUAAAAGAAUUCGUGGCAACUCCAAGGGAGACAAUACCACCACCCCAACGACAGGUUCUUCAAUUGCUGGUCCAAACACAAACUCUCCUAGAUCCACCACCCCGUCGUCAGCAAAUCGCACCAAAUCCCCGGGUUCAGCCUUCGCUCCAGGACCUCACCGUCGAUCUAUCAAACGGGGAGGUGGCCACACUUCUUCGUCAUCUCAUCCAACGUCCUCGUCCAAGCGGCGAACCUCCAACAACACCGACAUAUCCUCCCUUUCCAUCGCCACCGAUGACAACAACAGCUCGGACUCGGACUCGGACGAACCGAUCAAAAAGUGCUCGGCCAAUAACACCAACAGCAACAGCUCGUCCUCGACAGCCUCAUCCAAUUCGUCCUCGUCGUCGUCCUCGUCGAGCAGCAGCGUCAGCUCAAGCAGCACGAAAGUAAGUACAACGGCCGAAGCGGGCUCGUCCUCGGACGCGGCGGCCAUUUCGGACGAGUUUAGCAACGGAGCUUCCAAGGGCCGCGAUUAUGAUCUCAACCAAAUCCGAUCGGAACUGAAAGGAUUCAAGGAACUCAAAUCGCCGACCUCACCAGCCUCCGAUUCCACCACAACUGCUACAACCGAUGUGGCUCCUACAGGGCAGAGUGGCGCUUCAGCUGCAGCUGGGGAAGCGAAGAAAUCUGCAGAUUCGAAACCACCUUCGAACAUUCAGUCUGUUUUGAACGCUCAAGACGAUACAUCUCUGCUGAAGGAUGAAACAGACGAUUUCGCUGAUGAAGAGCACGAGAAAUCUUCUGAGUCUGGUACACUCAGUGAGGAGGACUCGUCUCAAUCAUCGAAUAAAGCAUUUUCAAGUUCACCCAUUACGGCAAUGGUGGAUUCCGACACUGGACCAGAUACCCCUAUUCCACCACCCACGGUGUCAACUCCGACGCCAAUUGCUGUUACAACAACUACCAGUUCGGUCAUUUCCACUAUUUCCACCUUUGGAACUGUUAAACAUCAUAAAUCUGUUGAAACCAGUGCAUCCAAAAUCAUUGAAAAAGUUGUAGAGAAGCCGCUAGAAAGGGGGGUUAAGAUCAUCAUGGAAGAGAAGGUAUCUACCUCAACGCCAAGCAGACCUCCACUUAAAACAUAUGGUACCGCAGCAGCAAUUCUGGCUAAUGCAGAAAACAACGCUGUUAAAUUUGCAUUUAGCACUAUCAUACGGGAAACCGAAGGUGACAAGGCAGCACCUGCCGGAGGUGGUGAAACGGCUGCUGCAGCUGGUGCUGCAGGUCCCUCUGGUGUACAGACUCCACCAGCAAAAGAAACUUCGGCUCCAAUCAUCUCGAAGCCAUCCCACCUGCUACCAGAUGAACGAGUCGAGCGUAACACAGUCUCUGCUCAGCCACCGCCAGUGCCCCAUCGCACUAUAACCGCUGCACCAGCAAAUCCGAUGACGCUCACAGUGUCAACUCCAACGUCUGUUAUUGCUACACAAAAUCCAGCCCCAACGACCAAGAACGCUAAACUGAUAAACGUGCAAGACGAGAUAGUUGCGACGGUUAUCCACAAAUCAGCUAUCGUUACAGCGACGUCAGCCACUGCUGUCUCGGCUGCCGUUUCCUCUUCGAUUCCUGCUAACGUAGCUGCAACCAUUGCUCCAACACAAACAACACCUACGCCACCUCUGGUCAGUACCUCCCAGUCAUCGGGUUCAUCAUCCAUUAGCACUUUAGCUGCGUUGCGAGCUGAGAAGAAACUAUCCGGGGACAAGAAACUGGACAAAGUUGUCAUACCGUCUUCGAAGCUGCAGCCUUUGGCCGUUCCAACAGUGGACAAGAAGCUAUCAUCUACAACGUUGACCCCGGCGCAGAAUAAAUUGCUUAACAAAGAAGCACUAUCGAUCAAGUCGAUUUUCGAAUCCAGUACGAGGAUGGACGAAAAGAUUUCCGAUGUGUAUGAGUUCCAGGAUGUCGAUUUCGAUACGGAUACCAGUGUUGCUGGAGGUGGUCCAUCGAGGAGACUGGUUUCGGAUGUUCCGCAGGCCGAAGUAGUGGCCUCGUUAAAUCCGACGAUUGUCACCCCUGAGGAUAAAAAGUCUGCUAAGAAGGGCAUAAUUCGGAAACCAACCGUUUUGGAUCCUCUAGGCUUGAGCGACAAAAAGGCUAAGAAAAUAUCACCCAUCAAGGAGACGGACAAACUGAAGUUGGUUAGACGGGAGAAGGAACGUGACCCGGAAAAGGAGAAACUUUUGCUCAGUGAGCUGGAAGGUGCCGCUGCCUCGUUCAGUAGUACAAUGGUUACUCCGGAAAAAUCAUCUCCACACUUCGCCGGAUUUUCCUCUGCAUCCAAAUUGGAUGUUUCGUUUGAAAUCUUGCGUAAAUCACCAUUAUCGGUUAUUUCUUCGAUUAAAGAUGAGAAACCGAUUGAAGACAUGAAACCGGAGCCCGCUAAACUGGCCGCUGUUACUAAGGGUAUUUUUACACCCGUUAUGUCUCCAACUGGGUUAGAUAUUUCGGGUAAUGAGAUUAUGAAGAGCCCUUCAAAACAUGAGGAGAAGAUUAAGGAGGAACCUACUUUGGAAAAUUGUAAAAAAUAUUUCAAUGACAUGAAUUUCGAGUUCGAUGCCCCGAAAAUCGAGAAACCUCCCUCUAUCGCGGAUAAGGUAUUGAAGGCUCUACAGCAGCAGCAAAGUUCUACCAGUACUGUAAAAACUGAGUUGCCGAAAUAUAUUAUCCCUACACCACACCACAAAACGCCAUCUCUUGUACCCAUUGAAUCGGUCAUCAGUUCGACGCCCAUCGCUGCAGCUCCGCUUAAGUUGGAAGCUUCUAACUUCGCUCCAGUGAUCCCCAUAAAAACUAUACAUGCGGAACCACCGAAGAUCGAGAUGCCCCUUCUAAUCAAAAAGGAGUUGGAAAAUACCAAACCAUUGGUCAUUCCUAUUAAACCGCUCACAUCUUUCUCAGUAACCGCUCAGCCGGAAAUACUUCCGCCUACGACCAGCACCAAGAAUCAAAAUCUCACCGAAAGUAUCAAAAAACUCGAAACUUCCAACCUUGUUCAAGCUGAGUCCCGCUUCACCCACCACGAUGAAGACAGCACGGACAGCAAUGACUCCGAACAUCGGUUGGUCAUCGAAGAUCCGGAAGCUCUCGAUAUUUCUACCGGUCAUCCAAAUCAGCAGACCGAUUUCGAGAAACUUAUCAAAGUGGAAGUCGAAGACAAAACCCACCUCAGCCAGAUGGACAUACAAAAGGCCGCAUCGGCAGCUGCCGUUGCCGCAGUGGCCAGUAAGGAGAAGCUUGUCUACAAACCGGAAAUAUCGAACGAGCCGAAAGACGAACCGCAACCAUCUCUAUUUGCACACAUCGUCCACAGCAGCAGUGCCGACCAGAAGAAAUCCAAACAGCCUAGCAUUCUGGAAACGAUCAUUCAAAGUGAGCUGACCGCCGCCAACAGUCGAGGUAUCGGCUCCCAUAGCUACCUUAAGCUGAAAGACCAACAAGAUUCGUUCGCACAAAACGAACUCGAACGAUUAAGGCGGGAAGAACAGCAAAAUCAUCCGCCAAUCCAGCCACCGAGCAAUCCGGCCCAGGAACGGGGACCAGAAACGCCGGAAAAACAAACCCAACAACAGCAACAGCCAUCCAACAGCAGCGAAUCGUUGUCGCUGUUGCUGUGCGAGGAAACCAUCCCCGGGUCGCCGGCCCCGGUUUGUGGCGUUUCCUCGGCAGCCGCUCAGAAGGAAACCACCAAGGUGUACGUGGAAACUGGAAGCUCGUUCCUGCAGCCCCAGAACAUUGCUGCGUCCGACCUGAAGCAGAUUCCGAUGGAGCUGGAACCGAACAUCGAAACGAUUGCCAUGACUGGAAACCACCCCGGCAGGAAACCGUCGGAUGCGGCCGAUACUCCGAGCAGCUCUCCGAGGGAUUCCGUCAGUCAGGAUGAGAAUCAAGAACCGGAAUCGUCUCCGACUAAAAAGCGUAGACCACGCAAAACCAGCGAAGAACCGAUCAACAAGCGGAGAAGGACGGCCGGCAGUUUGGGCAAUAACGGCUCGCGAGGAAGUCUGCGCGGUAUUGGAAGCAACGCAGCUACGGAUAGCGAGGAUAAUUCCGAUUCGGCCGCCCUGCAUCGGGGAGGUGGAGGUCAUUCGUCCGCUGCCAGUGGAUCUGCUUCGCCGGCGUCCGGGCGAUCCGGACGACCCUGUCAGUACAAUUUCCUUGUCAAUUUGGAUCCGGCUCUUAAUAGCGCUCAGCGUGUUGCAAUACUGAAGAAAAAAAUACAGGAACUUCGUAAAACGUACAAUGCCAUCAAAGCCGAACUAGCCAGUAUUGAUCGAAGGCGCAAAAAAUUGCGAAGGCGCGAACGGGAAAACAAAAAACAGGCCAAAAUGGCCUCGGGAACCACCGUUAAUUAAGCAGACGGAGCUCCGAAAAAGUGAUUGUAGAGUUUAUUGGAUUAUGUUUUUAAUUUUACCGUAAGAAUAUUGUAAGCAGACUCAUAUACAAAAUGUACAACUUGGAUGUGACAUGUGAGAUUCUUCAACGGAACCUGAAUUAUUGAUGAAUUGUGCGAAGAAUCACAGGUAAUGUUUCUUAAAUUAUGAAUUACACUUAGGUCUUAAGACAAACCACAUCUCUACUCUUGAUGCAAAAAAUAGUGCUCAUGAUUCAGAUCUUCAAUGGACUAGAUGGUUGGUUAUAUAUUUUUCGUAUUUCACAAAUUCUAUCCUUAAGGUUUUAAUCUAUCAAAUAUAGUUGCAUGAACGGAUUUUGUAGAAAAAGGUUAUACAACUUCGCAUUCUGGGAAUAAAGUCUCAUUUCAUUCGCAAUUUUAGAACUUAGUCAGCCAGUUA